AUGCAAGUGACGAAUCACCUCUCAUUACGAAGUCUGCGGUCGCCUACCAAGACCAAGCAGCUUGACACACCUGCAUCACCGCCGGCCGACGGUCCUUAUACCCCAAAACACCGCCUUAAUUCAUCCCUCGUACUCGACUUUGAGGAAUCACCCUCUGACAAACCAAUAUUCGAUCUCGACCGCAAAGACUCUAUCACCUCAAGCUUGAGGGUUCACCACUCCUCGCCCGUGCCUGUUCCGACAUCUGAGAAACGGAAUCAGCAAUCAUCUGUCGAUUUAUCGCUCAUUCCUUUUGGGACUGUACCGCUUUCACCAGCUCCCAUCCAGAGAAUCUUGGAGUUGGACCAGACUGGGAGCCCCCCUUCGCCAACGUCCAUCCUAGCAUAUAACCAGGAUCAAGAAACGAUGAAGAGUACGGCGUCAACAAAGAGUGCUGUCUCUGAUAGUCUUCAUGGUGCUGGAAUCUACCUCGAUGAACCCGUUGUCAGUCACGACAAUUUAGAGCUCAACCAUCUGCUUCCAGACGAGUCCCUCACGAAAAUCAAUAACACUGAAGAACCACGACAAUCACCAGCCUGUGAAGAACCGUCUGGUGUACAUCGUAUGGAAGAUUCAUCGACCCACAAGACAGACGACGAGCAAGUUUGUACACGAGGCAGUGCCACCAACAAAGCACUGAAUCCACCAGAUGUAAACAAGAUGGUAGAAAAGCAGGCAAAAGUCAUACUCGAUAAAGGUUAUCAUGCAAGGACCUAUCGUCGAGCAGAUGGGAGAUGUCGACUCAAGAUCAAGCUGCUCGCUUCCGACUCGGAGGGUGGCGACGACAACGCUCAAUGUGAUAAUGAGAUACCGUUCAAGCUUGUUGGUCCUCAAGCAGACAUAUUAGUGUCGGAACUUGGCUCCAUCGUUCGGGAAAAUGGGAUGGUUUUUAUAUCUGAUGAUAAGCUUGACAAAGCGUUUGCAGCGGGAAAACUUCCAGCAUAUCUAGACAUUGCUCUGGACGAGGGCAACGCCAUGGUUGUGCAGAGCCACCUCCACAGCCCGACAGAGGUGGGGAAGCACGAUAGCACCUGGGGCCAGCAUACAGGACUCUACGAUGGCUCGGGCUACGGAGCGGGAUCCAGCUUACAGCCUAUGACGGGUGUGACUGAGAUGGCAGACGUGUCUUCCACAAGCAUCCCUGGAGCAUUCUCAGACCAUGAGAAUGAAGCUCCCACAAUCAUUCGCAGGCUGUGGGAGAAAACCUAUCGUCACGGUCUUGAUACAGACUUUCUUGGACAGGCUAUCGUGGGUGACGCAGCAAUCUCCGAGGCGCAUGAGCAACCCGAAAGCCAUUUCAAGGACUACAAGCCUGUCCAGGGUAUGCUCAAUCCUCGUGGCAAUGCAUAG